CCUAGCUAUAUUUUUUUUUAUUUUUAUUUAAAAAUGUACAGUACGGGGAAUAGUUUAUCCUUUCAUAUAUAGCACAACUCAUUUAUACUUGAUAUCAAAAGAUAAAUCUUUUUUCUCAUAUGGAAUCUCUGAGCAAAGAUCCAAGUCCUUCAGAGGCUUCAAGCAUCAUCUCUACAACUGAAGCUCCCCCAUGUCAGAACUUAAAGGAUCAGAAGAAGCAAGUAAUAGUUUUAGAGGAAGAAGAAGAAGAAGAAGAAGUGAAAGAUCAUGAAGAACAAGAGCCAAAACAAGAGCUGAAUCUCAUUGACUGCUUAAACAACAUGGAUUCUUCUCAAACUUGUUCAGAAAGUAGGCAUCAAUCUACUGAUCAUCAUCAAGCUGCUGAGCAAAGAGUCUUCUCAUGCAACUACUGCCAAAGAAAAUUCUACAGUUCACAGGCGCUUGGAGGUCACCAAAAUGCUCAUAAAAGAGAGAGAACUCUAGCAAAAAGAGGGCAAAGAAUAGGCACAACAACAUACACACCAGCCUCAGCCAUUGCUUUUGGUGGGCAACAGCCAUAUAAUUUGCACCACAAUCAUUAUUAUUCUAGCCUGUCUUCUCUUUCUCUUCAUGGUGGACACAAUAGGUCUCUUGGAAUUCAAGUGCACUCAAUGAUCCAUAAGCCAACUCAUGGAAUCAGCAACAUGUAUGGACACAACAACUGGUCUAGGCCUCCUAUUGAACAACAACCAGCAGUAGGAAGAUUAUCAUUAAUGGAGAAUUUUCAUGCAAGUUCAACAGGACCAUCAUCUCGAGCUGGGGUUGGAAGAUUCAACUCUUUCAGAACGAUGAUGGGUUCUCCUCAGGUGGAAGAUCAUCUAGCCGCUGGUAAUUGUAAUUGGUGGAAAGGUGGUGGCGUUGGUGGUGGUGGUGGUGGUUUGAGGACUUCUAAUCAGGAAGAUAUGAGGCAGCAGAAGCUUGAUUUGUCUCUCAAGCUGUAAUUGAUUAAGUUAAUUUCGAAAAUUCCUGAUUGAGAUUAUAGAAAGGACGGUUUUUUUUUUUUUUUCUUUCUGAAUUGUUGUUAGAGGCAGCUAGCUAUAGAUUCUAUAUCAAUUAACU